CACGACGGCGACGGCGACCACGCCUUUCUCUCCCUUCCCUCUCCAUCCUCCUCGACCGUUCUAAGACCGCCUAGGUGGCACAUCGGGCCGCCAUGAACAGACGAGAGUCUAACGGCACCACUCGCCAACGGCUCGAGGCCGUUGACGACCUCGCGACACUCGCACCCGUGAACGAAGACAUCAUCGUCUCAUGCAUCCGCGAACGGUUCAUGUCCGACAGCAUCUACACUAGCAUCGGAAGCUGUGCUGUCGUCGCCGUCAAUCCUCACAAGUACGUCCCCAGUAAUUCCGACGCAGUGCUCCAGAACUAUGCUGCCGAAUACCGCGAUACUUCCCCCGGCAAGACGCGUCUACCGCCGCACAUCUUCCAGCUCGCCAACAAUGCCUACUAUCAUAUGCGGAGAACGACCCAGGACCAGUCAAUCCUCUUGACAGGAGAGACGGGCAGUGGCAAGUCGGAGAACCGCCGGCUGGCCAUCAAAACGCUGCUCGAACUCAGCGUGAGCCAGCCGGGGAAGAAGGGCUCGAAGCUCGUCAACCAGGUGCCCGCCGCCGAGUUCGUACUCGAGACGUUCGGGAAUGCGCGCACGCUCUUCAACCCCAAUGCCUCGCGGUUUGGCAAGUAUACCGAACUACAGUUCACGGAGCGCGGUCGCCUUUGCGGCAUGAAGACGCUUGACUACUACCUGGAGCGCAACCGCGUCUCAGGAGCGCCGUCGGGGGAGCGGAAUUUCCAUAUUUUCUACUACCUCGUCGCUGGGGCGUCGCCGGAGGAGCGACAGCACCUCCAGCUGCACGACAAGACCACGUAUCGUUAUAUCGGGUUGCGCAACACGGGCGGCCGUGGGGCUGGGAAUGCUGGGCGGAGCGAGGACGCCGUGAGGUUUGACCAGCUAAAAAUGGCGCUCAAGAACGUAGGCUUCUCGAAACGGCAUGUUGCGCAGACGUGCCAGCUGGUCGCCGCGAUCCUCCACUUGGGCAACCUCGAGUUCACGAUCGACCGUUUCCGGAACGAGGAAGCCGCCGUCGUCCGCAACACCGAUAUCCUCGACAUCGUCGCGGACUUCCUCGGCGUGCAGCCUUCCGCGCUCGAGGCGUCGCUGUCAUAUCGGACAAAGCUCGUCAAGAAAGAGGUCUGCACGGUGUUCCUCGACCCGGAUGGCGCAUCCGACAACCGUGAUGAGCUCGCUAAAUCGCUGUAUGCUCUCCUCUUCGCCUGGCUCAAUGAGCACAUCAAUCAACGUCUCUGCCGCGACGACUUCAACACCUUCAUUGGCCUGUUCGACCUCCCGGGACCACAGAACCUCACCAGCCGGCCGAAUUCCCUCGACCAGUUCUGCAUCAAUUUUGCCAACGAGCGACUGCAGAACUUCAUACAGAGGAAGUUGUUCGAGAGCCACGUCGCCGAGUACAACAGCGAGGGUAUCUCGCGCCUCGUUCCGCAGGUGCCCUACUUCGACAACUCGGAAUGCCUUCGUUUACUGCAGAACAAGCCCGGCGGUCUGAUUCACAUCAUGGAUGACCAGGCACGUCGCCUACCGAAGAAGAGCAAUCACACGAUGGUCGAGGCGUUCACGAAGCGGUGGGGCAACCAUUCGUCAUUCAAGGCGGGUUCCAUCGACCGCACCGGUUUCCCCACGUUCACCGUCAACCACUUCACCGGCCCCGUCACCUACUCCUCGGAGAGCUUCCUCGAGCGCAAUCUCGAGGCACUCAACCCCGACUUCGUCUCGCUCCUCCGAGGCACGAGUGCGGGCGAGGGACCCCCGGCGGACGGCUCCGGAUCGUCCAACCCCUUCGUCCGCAGCCUGUACUCCGGCAAGGCUAUCGCGACGCAGGCGCACCCGCGCAACGAGGACACCAUCGUGUCCGCGCAGCAGCCCGUCAAGCCCAUGCGUGCGCCGUCCGUCCGGAGAAAGGGCACGAUCAAGCGCAUGCCGACCGUCAGGGAAAGUGGGGACGUUGACGAGAAGGACCGCGAUGACGAGGAACCCCUGGGCACGGCGGUACAGGCGAGUGGCCCGCCCUGCGUGGCAGGCGAGUUCCGGUCCGCGCUGGACACUCUGUUCGAGACGCUUGAGGAGACGCAGUCUUGGUACGUCUUCUGCGUCAACCCCAACGACUCCCAGCUGCCGAAUCAGCUCGAGGGUCGCUCGGUCAAGGGCCAGGUUCGCAGCCUCGGUCUCGCGGAGGUCGCGAAGAGAUGUGCGGCGGUGUUCGAGGCGAACAUGACGCCCGAGGAGUUCGUCCAACGGUAUAACGGUUACCUCACGGUACUCAACGUGCAUGAAGGCGAUCCGCGGGCACGCAUCGAGCAAGUACGGACGACAUUAGGUCUCGACGAGAAAGACAUUGUGCUCGGGAUGAGCCAGGUAUACCUUUCACAACGCGCGUUUCACGCACUGGAGGACGAUGUACGCUCGAAGGACACUGAAGAACAGAAGCGCAACAGGAUGCGGGAUGCCGAAGCGGAGGCUGGUCUUGGUCCAAGAGGCCUGGGCGAUCCGUAUGCGCCGUACCAAACCCCUGAUUCUGAGUCGCCCUACGACGGCGGUUACAACGACCCAUUCGGGCAGUCCAAUCAGCAGCUACCGCUCGUGCAGAACGCGUCGCCCUUCCAGCGCGCGGAGAUGUACGACGAUUACGACGAGAGGAAGUCCUUGCGCAGCGAUGACUACGAUGGGCGGAGUGCGUACACGAGCCAUCGUGAUGUAGAGACUGCCUCUGCCUACACCGAGUCGUACGCGCCCUCCCGCAACAUGUUCCAGGACGCCGAUAAGAAGGGUCUCUUGUCUGGCAAGGAGCCCCUGGCUGGGGAGAUCCAGGAGGGCGAGACGACGGAGGUUAUCAGGGAGAGCACGCUGCGCAGGCGAUGGGUGAUGCUCUGCUGGGUCCUCACGUUCUGGGUCCCCACCCCGCUGCUUGCGUGGGUUGGUCGAAUGAAGCGCCCCGACAUUCAGCAGGCCUGGCGAGAGAAGCUCGCCCUUAACAUGCUCAUCUGGUUUGUGUGCGGCUGUGUCGUCUUCGUCAUCGUCAUCUUCGGUAACCUCAUCUGCCCGACGGAACAUGUCUUCUCGACGAGCGAGUUGCAGGCGCAUUCGUACAAGAACAGCCCGAACAACGUUUACACGUCGAUUCACGGCGAGGUCUUCGAUCUCACUGAAAUCGCCGUGACGCACGGGGUUGCCGUGCCCGUCGUGUCGCAGAAAUCGGUUCUCAACUACGGCGGCGUGGCUUCUGACAACCUUCUCCCGGUGCAGGUUAGUGCGCUUUGCAACGGAGUCACCGGAACCGUGAGUCCCUACAUCCAGCUCAGUUCGGCCAACGCUACGGAUGAGAAUGCACAGUACCACGACUUCCGCGCCUGGACCGAUGACUCCCGUCCGGAUUGGUACUUCGAACAGAUGGUCCAGAUGCGAUGGAAUAACCGGGUCGGCUGGAUAGGCUAUACGAUGUCCGAUCUCAGCAAUAUGGCGAGCAAAGGCAGCGCUGUCGGUGUUUAUGACGGCAUCAUCUACGAUCUCACGAACUACGUUACCUCCCCGCCGUCGAUUGCGCCCCUCGACAACGAGGUCCUCCCGUCCGGUAUGGAUGUCGAUACGCAUUUCAUGAGUUCCGACAUCGUCAGUGUCUUCCAGUACAACUCCGGCCAGGACGUGACGAAGAAGAUCAACGGCCUUGGGUUGGACGAUCAGGUCUUGACAUGGCAGAAGACCUGUCUGCGAAACCUGUUCGCCAUCGGUAUGGUUGAUUCACGAAACUCGCCGAAGUGCCAAUUCGCCACGUACAUCCUACUUGCGAUGUCGAUUGUCAUGGUCAGCGUCAUCGGGUUCAAAUUCAUCGCCUCGAUCAACUUCGGCUCGGAGCGCGCACCAGAGGACCACGACAAGUUCGUCAUCUGCCAGGUUCCUUGUUACACCGAAGGCGUUCAGAGUCUACAGCGGACGAUCGACUCGCUUGCGCAGCUGAAGUACGACGACAAGCGCAAGCUCCUCCUCAUCGUUUGCGACGGUAUGGUCGUCGGUUCCGGUAAUGACCAGCCUACGCCUCGGAUCGUCUUGGACGUUCUUGGUGCACCUCCAAACAUCGACGCUGAGCCUCUCAGUUUCUUGUCUCUCGGCGAGGGCACGAAGCAACACAACAUGGGCAAGGUCUACUCGGGUCUCUACGAGAAUGCUGGCCACGUCGUCCCCUACUUGGUCGUCGUCAAGUGCGGCAAGCCAGGCGAGAAGUCGAGGCCUGGUAACCGUGGUAAGCGUGAUACGCAGAUGCUGCUCAUGCGCUUCUUGAACAAGGUCCAUUUCAACUCUCCGAUGAACCCUCUGGAGCUCGAGAUGUACCACCAGAUCAAGAACGUCAUUGGUGUCAACCCAUCGUUCUAUGAGUACAUCUUCAUGAUUGAUGCCGACACCACGGUGCAUCCGCUUUCGCUCAACCGGCUGGUCUCCGCCAUGGUGCACGACAAGAAGGCCCUUGGUGUUUGCGGAGAGACCGAGCUGGCGAAUGCCAAACAAUCCAUCGUGACGAUGAUGCAGGUCUACGAAUACUUCAUUUCGCACCACAUGGCGAAGGCAUUCGAGUCCCUGUUUGGUUCAGUCUCUUGCUUGCCCGGUUGCUUCACGCUCUACCGUCUGCGCACACCCGACACCCACAAGCCGCUCUUCGUGUCCAACCAGAUCAUCGACAGCUACUCCGAGAACCGCGUCGACACGUUGCAUAUGAAGAAUCUGCUGCACCUCGGUGAGGAUCGGUAUCUCACGACGCUCGUCAUGAAGCACUUCCCGAUGUACAAGACGCUGUUCAUCCGGGACGCGCACGCAUACACGGUCGCGCCAGAUGACUGGAAGAUCCUGCUGUCCCAGCGUCGGCGCUGGAUUAACUCGACUGUGCAUAAUCUUGGGGAGCUUGUGUUCUUGGAGCAGCUGUGUGGCUUCUGCUGUUUCUCGAUGCGCUUCGUCGUCAUGAUCGACUUGGUCUCAACGCUCAUCCAACCCGUUACUGUCGCUUAUAUUGUGUACCUGGUCUAUCGUGCGGUCGGCGAGAAGGAGGGCAUCCCGGUCAUUUCGGCGAUCAUGAUCGCUGCGGUGUACGGUCUGCAGGCGCUGGUGUUCAUUCUGCGCCGCAAGUGGGACAUGAUUGGCUGGAUGGUGUUCUACAUCCUUGCGAUCCCGAUAUUCUCGUUUUUGCUGCCACUGUACUCUUUCUGGCGCAUGGACGACUUCUCGUGGGGUGCCACGCGUGUCGUGUUGGGUGAGGCGGGCAAGAAGAUUGUUGUCCACGACGAAGGCAAGUUCGAUCCGCGGUCAAUACCAUUGAAGUCUUGGAACGACUAUGAAAACGAGCUCUGGGACAAGGAAUCCAACCACAGCAUUGGCUCGUGGGUGCCUCCGACGAAGAUGAUGAACGACGGCUAUGCCGAGUCGCACACAGCAUCUAUCUAUGGACGCGAGACGUACUACGAACCCGCCAUGUCGCGCGCAUACUCGCCCGCACCCUCGCAAGCCCAUAUGAUGUACCCGCCGCCCGGCUACCACUCAGGGCGGAACACGCCAACGAUGUCCGUCGUCGGCUACCCUGCACCCGUUUCGACAGGUGGGCUCUACCAGCCGACGCCGUCGCGCCCUGCGAGCAACUACAUUGGCGUGGACAUCCCGCGCACGCAGACGCCCGAGCAGACUGGGUACUUCGACGGCCCGACAGACGCGGAGAUCGAACGCGCUGUGGAGGACGUGCUGCGCGAUGCGGAUCUCGCGACGACGACGAAGCGGGAGAUCAGGACGAAGCUGGAGCAGCGCUUCGGCAUGGACCUGUCGGCGCGCAAGCGGGUGGUGAACGAGGCGAUUGACCGGGUGCUGCUUUCGCGCGCGGGCUGAGCAGUGGGUGGACUGGAUUUGCAUAGACAUGGACAGGAUUGACUGCAUAUUUCUCGGGACUUGGUUUGUUCUUUUCUCCUUUUCGUGUUACGCUUGCGCAUCGGAUUGUUGCUCUCUCGCUCAUGCAGAACGGACCUCCGUAUUACUAUGACGCCCGCCCGCACCCCGCCGACGUGCAUACGCGUACGCUCCUGUCGUUUCGAAGUAUAUUAACUUGACGUUACCUACCUGGCUGAACCCACACGGACUGGACUCUCAUGUACUCUGCUCACAUAGUAUCUCAGACGCAUAGUUUCUAAUGAUUACAUUCCCUGCACCGAGUGUAGGCCUUGUUCGGGAAGGGGGGCGGCCUGUUUCUAGUACGCCG